GGAAGAUUGGGAGGAGAAGCCAGAUGCUCCAUAGGUGUGUUUUACCCAAUUACUUACUGUAUCUCAAAUGCCCAGGAAGGCGGUGCACGAGUAAUGGGAAUCCAUCUCUCUGGGCUGGCUGGCUGGAUGUGGAAAUCGGGGGCACGGGCACAGGACCAGUCCGUUCCACUCUUUGCCCCACCAUAAACACCAACCCAACCACUGGCACCACAUCUUUCGCUCGUGCUCACAGAAAUCCAACAUCACCAGGGCCUAACCAUAACUUAGCCUUUUUCUUUCUUGUGGCUUGCUAAGACCCCCCCCCCGCUACCGGCAGAAAUCUCGAAACAUAUUUUCUCCCCAUUUACCACGCGGUGCUCUGCUGACUUGCAUGCCGCUUGUUUGGUCCCAUCAUAUGGCCCACUAAACAAAACAAAACCAUCCCCUUUGAAAGAUCCGGCUCUUCCUAUUUUUUCCCUUUCAAUCUUCUCCCACCCUAUCUACCCUAUUUUCCCCCUCGUCCUGUCCUCUUAAACCUCUCUCCCUCUACUUUCUUGUUGUCUUUGUCGAUAGACCCCUUUGCAUCUUUCGGGACAAGGAAUCUGCCCCUCGGGUUGAGCCGCGUCCCAAUAGCUUUGCCCUACCUUGUUGCAUAGAUACUGGAACCCGCGAACGGAGGCGCUUUCUUUUUAGAUAUAUAUAUAUAUUUUCUGCCUCUUGUGAGGUCACUGUUUAUAGUUUGUUGUCCGUUUUCGAGCCUUGGUCGAAGUAUCUCGACGAAACCCUUCCGGAAACCUUCUCCAAGACGUUCCUAAAGGUUUCAAGGAAAUCUUAGGUUAUAACUGUCCCUACCCCUUCCACCGCUCUAAAAAUGGUCCUGGUGAAUGACCAAGCUAUGGAAACUCGUCUUACUAAAGCACCGCGCACUUCUCGUCGCCAGAGAUUCCUCGCUCGCAUUACCCGCAAUUCAUCUUCCCCGCAGCUGUCAAAGCUUAAUCCGGAGCCACCGUCACCCGUUAGGGACCAGUAUUUAAAGGAUCGUUCCGUCUCGUGUAUCUCCCUCUACCUGACACGCCCCAUGACUCCCGCACCGGAACGCCCGCUCGGAUUCCGGGUUGCGGAGACGUUGGAUAAGCCGCACCAAGGCGGGAACUCGUGUGUUGGGAUUCCUAAUUCGGUAAGGAGGAAACCUGUGCAUGCCGAUAUGUGGGAUUGCCUUCCCGGGGAGGUGCAGGUUCAGAUACUCAGCUGUUUGGAACCUAAAGAGCUUGUGCGCUGCUCGGCGGUCAGCAGGAAAUGGCAUUCAUUAUGUUUCGAUGGGCAACUAUGGAGUAACUUGGAUGCUACGGGAUAUUAUAACAAGAUCCCUGUGGAUCAGCUUUCGAAGAUUAUUACAGAUUCGGGCCCUUUCGUGAGGAACCUGAACCUUCGAGGGUGUGUCCAAUUGCAGAACGACUGGAGACUGGAGGCGGCGGCCAACGCAUGUCGGAACCUUCUCACGGCAUCUCUAGAAGGUUGCAAGUUUGAACAAAUAACCGUUCACUCCAUCAUCUCGCGCAACCCCCGGUUGGCUCAGCUCAAUAUUUCCGGACUCAAAACCGCUAGCAAUCGUACAUGCAGACUCAUCUCAAAGUCUUGCCCCUUAUUAGAGAGCCUAAAUGUAUCCUGGUGUUCUAGCAUGGAUGCAAGAGGUAUCAGGAAAAUCAUUGAAGAGUGUGGGAACUUGCGAGAGUUGAGGGCCUGCGAAAUUACUAGGUUCAAUGAACCUGGCCCAAUGCAGACUAUCUUCAAGUCCAACAAGCUCGAAGUUCUUCACCUUGGUGCAUGCGCGAGUAUUGAUGAUGCGGCGAUUGCAGUCAUGGUUGAAGGAGUGGACCCCGAAGUGGACCUCUUCACGAACAGACCGAAGGCCCCGCCAAGAAGGCUUGUCGACCUGGAUCUCAGUAAAUGUUCCAACCUGACGGACCAGGCAUUGCGGAGCCUGGCUGGCAGUGUACCCGAUUUGGAAGCAUUACAAUUGGGAGGUUGUGUUUCCUUGACCGAUUCGGGAUUCGCUGCACUCAUUCCCACCGUGGGAAAGUUGACACAUUUGGACUUGGAGGAGUGCUCGGAGUUAACGAACGCAACUUUGUUGGCUUUGGCCCGGGGUCCGGCGGCAAAGAAACUGGAGCAUUUGCAAUGCAGUUAUUGCGAGAAUAUGGGUGACCAGGGGAUGACCGAGAUCAUCCGUAAAUGCCCCGGGUUGAGGAAUCUGGAAAUGGACAACACUCGGGUGUCGGAUCUCGUGCUCUGCGAGGCAGCACAUGCCGUUCGACAUCGCCUCUCACCUCCCAAUUCUCCACCAGUUCCAGGGUCUUGCUCCCCUCGUGUUGCUCUUAGGCUCGUAGUCUACGAUUGCGCAAGCAUAACCUGGCCUGGUGUCCGCGACAUCCUCGCCCGCAAUGCCGAUUCUACGCUCAGUACCUUUAAACCGGAAUUGAUUCAGUUGAAGUGCUUUUAUGGGUGGCAGCAGACGGUCGACGAACACAUGAAGAGGGUUCUCAGAGGCGAUCGAGAUAGCGCAAACAGGCUCGAGUGCAAAUGGGCCGAGCACAUGAUGUUGAGCGAAGAUACUACCCUCGGGCGGCGUAGAAGGAGAAGACAAGCUCUGUGGGAUGGCGGGGAUGAAUUUAUUGGGAGAAGGAGGGGCAGAGGCAGUUGCGUGAUUUGCUGAAUUGCCUGGUAAAUUCUCUCCUUGUCACUCCACUAUCUCUUCUGUUACUUGAUGUAUUUGUUAUUUUUUCUCUUGUACUUUAGAUUUUCAAAGGGAUAGCGGGAUUGAGGGGAAGCGUAGAGAGGGUGGUACGGGGGGACCGAGAUCUUGGGCGGAGUCUUGACAUUAUCUUAGUUUGGGAUGGUUUGCUCUGUUUUCCCCCUUCCUUUCCUUUUUCUACUAGGGAGACUACUUUCUUCUCUGUUCUCCCAUUGCGUGGGGAAGGCACAUGGCGGUAUUCUUUUUUCUUUCCUUUUUCUUUUAUAUCUUGUCUAUGAUGGCGCGCAUGCCAGAUGAUUUACCGGAAGGAAGCCGCAUGGCCAUGAGCGCGCCGAGGGCGGGUGAAUGCUACAGUAUGCCUUCACAAGAUAUGGGCCCGACUCGACAGCCUGCAGCAUGUAGCGGACUCUUUCCAGCGGGAUACUGGAGGGGAAACUUGUGGUCACGGGAGGUCACUCGGGGGUUAUGAUUUCUGACGAUGUUCAUGUUUGAAGAAUUGACGAAGUUGGAAGGGGAUGUUUGUCUUAUAUUGGUAUACGCCGGGGGCGGUGAAGGGGGAGGUGUUGUGCAAAUGUCGCACUGUACAUGGUUUUUGGAAGGAGGUAUAGCUUACUGUGGUGUACAGAACUAGUUUAAUUGAUUGCCGUACUAUGAGA